AUCUUAAUUCUAAUCUAAACCUUCUUCUUCACAGAAACAAACAUUACUAACAACGAUGAGCUGAGGAUACUGAUGGUGGGGAAGACUGGGAUUGGGAAGAGCGCUUCUGGAAACACCAUUCUGGGUCAAGAGUGCUUUCAGUCCAAAUUCAGCCCCAUUUCCAUAACCAUUGACUGCUCCAAACGCUCCAGUAAUGUUGAUGGACAGCAGGUUGCUGUCAUUGAUACUCCAGGUCUGUUUGACGAAGAUAAAAGCAGAAAAAAUCUGAGACAGUGCUUCUUCCUUGCUGCUCCUGGGCCCCACAUCUUCCUGGUGGUCGUUGCACUGGGCAAAUUCAAAGAAGAAAUACAAUCAGUGAAAAUUAUUCAAGAAAUCUUUGGAGAGGCAGCAGACAGAUACCUCAUGGUUCUGUUUACCCGUGGAGAUGAGCUUGAUUCCACCAUUGAGGAUUAUUUGUCUAAAAGCCCAGAGCUGCAGGAUCUGGUGUCCAAGUGUAAUAACCAGUAUCAUGUCUUCAACAAUAAGCUGGAAGAUAAGAAACCUCAGGUCAGUGAGUUGCUGAAGAAGAUCAGAACCAUUGUUGACAGGAAUGGAGGAAGUCACUAUUCCAAUGAGAUGUUCCAAGAGGCUGGGAGGGCGAUCAAAGAGGAGAAACAACGCAUUCUGAAGGAGAAUGAAGAAGUAAUACGUAAAGAGAUACAAGAACAAGAGAGAACAAUUAAAGAAAAUUAUGAGAUAGAGAAGCGGAGAAUGAUGGAGCUAGUCCAGGCUGAGAGAAAAGAGAGAGAGGAGGAGUUGGAAAACGUGAAAAAACAACUGAAGGAACAGCAGAAGAGAGAAACUAAAGAAGAAAAAUCCAAGCUGCAGUGCGAGCGUGCAUCCAAGGCCAGAGCUCAAGCUGAAAAAAAUAAUGUUAUGCCUUGUUUAAUACAGUGA